AUGCCGAUAUCACCCAAAGCUAAAGGCAAGCUAAAAGUCACACCACAUUCAACGGAAGCAAGUGCGUAUUCAAGGUUCAGUGAUUCAAGCUCGGAAGACGACGAUUUGAUCAUUUACCCACCACGAGACGCACAGCAUGAUGGGUCAGAGAAUGAUGGGUAUGAGCUAUCUCAAGAACGUGAAGGGCUUCUGGGUCGCUCAAAAGAUCGUGCCACGUUUGAGAGCAUGGGUGUAAAUGAUGGAAAAAGGAGACAAGGGUGGAUAAACAUAUCUGGAUUUUCACUUCCGCGACCACUAAUUUACCUCUUAUCGAUACCUCCUACGCUCCUCUUCCUCUCCUUCUUGGCACGUACUUUCUCUUCUUCUGCCAAUGCUCGCUCGCCCACACUAUCGAAUGGAACACACCCUUUCCAUCCUACCGUCUUGUUGAUAUCGCUGGAUGGAUUUCGACCUUCCUAUUUAUCUUCUCAUUAUGAUCUGCUUCCUAAUCUACUAUCACUAUCAACGUCAGAAUGGGGACUUCGAGCAGAAUCUAUGCAACCUGUUUUCCCAACGUUGACUUUCCCUAAUCACUGGGCGUUAAUGACGGGUCUGCAUCCUGAAUCUCAUGGGAUCAUAGCUAACGAUUUUUGGGAUCCCCAAUUCCCAGUGAAAAGCUUGGAAGGUGAUGACAGUCAAGGUGCCCAAUUUGUCUACGUGAAAGAAGAUAAAAGCUGGGAUUCCAACUGGUGGUGGGGUGAACCUAUUUGGAGCGUCGUAGAAAGGGCUAAAAGGAAAAGCGCUGUUAUCAUGUGGCCAGGUCCACCGAUUACAUCAGCAGGUAUAUCUCCUUCGUACUUUGUACCAUAUCGUAAAAUGAAGCCUACAGAUAAGGUACAUCAAAUACUAUCAUAUCUCGAUCUUCCGAUAGAGGAUAGGCCAGAAUUCAUAGCGUCUUACUUUCCCGAAAUCGACCAGUCUGGACAUAAAGGCGGACCAAAGUCAGGUGGGGUGAACAACAGUUUGAGUCUUUGUGACGAUAUGAUUGGUGAACUCAGAAGUGGACUGCAAGACAGAAACUUGGAAGGAGCAAUAGAUGUUGUCAUCGUAUCCGAUCACGGUAUGGCGGAGACUAGUAAUGAUAGAGUGAUCUAUCUGGACGAUAUACUGGGGGAUGAAGGUGUAGAUGCUAUUGAGCAUAAAGACGGCUGGCCUUCGGUUGGGCUGAGGUUCAAGGAAGGAAUGGACACGGAUCACUACCUUCAACUUCUACUGGACGCCGCUGAGUCCUCCAAUGGAACAUUCGCAGUGUAUACCCAUGAUACGAUGCCAGAAAGAUGGCAUUUCAGUCACGGACACAGGAUAGCGCCCAUUUACAUCGUUCCUACACUUGGCUGGGCAAUAACCGAUCAUCAUGAACACGAAGUGCUAUUUGAUGGUGAUUAUCGACCGAAAGGUAAUCACGGAUACGAUAACACAUUUCCCGAAAUGCAAGCGAUCUUCGUUGCACAAGGGCCUUUCGCUAGUCAAUUGAAGAGCAGCGCAUCUAGUGAGGUCAUCUUAUCACGAGACCCCCCUAUAAUGAAGAGCUUCAAAAACUUGGAGAUUUUCUCGCUUGUCACGGGUUUAUUAGGACUGUCAAGUAUUGAGCCAUCUCAUAACGGUACUGUAGGAUUUUGGGACAAUUUGGUUUGA